UUAGGUAGUUUCUCAAGAUUUUAGUUCUUUUUUACGAUAUCCUGUUAUGGAGAAAAAUGUGCUCUCAUCCUUAAAGAAUUCAUUAGGCUGUGCUGUGAUAUGGGUCGCUACCGGUAAUGCGAAGCUACAGUGUUAUACAAUCGUGAUCAUUAUUAGCUGCUUCAUUGACACUGUUCCAGCAGUUAAACCUAUAGAUCAGUUAUAACAUCGAAUGAUGACAAUAAAAUCGUUUUAACGAUUUAAGAGACUGCUUAUGUCCGAUCCUUUUGUUUCUCCCGCUCAUAUGACCUGUUUGAGAAAGAGAACAUUCCAUGUGUACCUUUCUUGCAUCAUGAGUUUUUCUCGUCGUUCCUGGAAGUGGCGAACAAAUAAGAGUGACAGAGAUAACGAGAUAGAGAGGCGAUAAGAAGAAUAUAAAUCACACCCUCUCCUCUCAUCUUCAGGAUAGUUUAUUAAAAUCUCAUAUAUGAGACCCCUCGGGUCGUAGUUAUAAAUCGAGACUAAAUCGAGUAAGAAAAUAGCGGAACUCAAGGCAAAUUGUUUUGUUUCCAAGUUAUAAAUCGGUGUACAGACACCGUGGACACUAUAUUUUAUUACCCCAGGACACCUUUGCCUCCUCUUUAUAAUUGUGGAUCCAAGAGUAAAACAACAUCUGCGUGGGGCAGACAUCACUUUAUAACAGGAGACAAGACCCUUUUUACAUAUCUUCAUGUUGUCCCAGGGCAACGACUUACCUUAGCUUCAUAACUGCUGCACCUGGUAAAUUAAAUUGUUCGAUAUCAGUGAGAUGAGUGUAUUGAUCUGAUGAGCUACUGCUUCCUAUCUUAAUAGUAUUUGCCACUAAUAAUGUGUUUAUACAGAGUUUAAUCAGGAAAUACUUUUAUCAAACGACUGAGUAGCCAGGCUGUAGUGUCAUCAAUCCUCUCACAGUAAUCACCAGCUGUUAUUUUUAUUUAGUUUUGAAGGCGUAACGCCUCCCUGAUUUUUUAUUUUUAUUACUGCUGCUGCUGCUGCUGUUGUUGUUGUUGUUGUUGUGUUGUUGUUGCUGCUGCUUUUAAUAUAAGACAAUGAUAGCAAAAGCUGUGAUACAUUUGCCCCACUACUCGAGCAUUUCUGUCAACUCUAAUGCAUGAAUUCCUCCGUCCAAUGAUUUUAACAGUUGACAGUCUACUUGACUUUAAAUGUCAAACCAAGAAGCUCCCAAGUCACUUAAUACAAUAUGUUUUCAUUAUUAAGUUGAGGAACGCGUUGAAUGUCUGUGAGAAUGUCAUGGAUCUAGUCAGAGUGCUAGGACUGGGCGCGUGUGUAGAUGAAAGCGUGCGAAUGAUGGACGUUCUCUAAAUAGAACGUGACUAAUGACGUCUAGUGACGUCAAAAAAAAAUAGUGAGGUAAGAGGGAGAGACGUUAGAGGGGAUAUGGAAGCAGAAGGACGUUAGAGGGCAUUUAGAAGAAGAAGGACGCUGGAGAAUAGAGAGAAGAAGAGGACGUUAGAGAGUAGAUAGAAGAGGAAGAACGUUAGCGAGUGGAAGAAGAAGAAAGUUAGAGAGCGGAAAGGGAGAGGUGAACGCAUUUGCCAAGACAAUGCGAUUUGCUAAUCAGAGAUCGAAUAUACUAAUGUGAAAGGAGAAACGACUGCCAAGACAGUGAGUUUAUAGCGUGUGAGGUGUUCGUUGUACUUUGUAGAAGUGGAGAUUGAAGGAAAAACUGUGGUGUUAGAGACCGUUUUGCUUUUAUAGUUAGGAUCUAUUUUGUUGGUUGGUAAUUUUGAUCAGUAAACAGACACGACUCGUACAGGCGAAUCAUUCUUUAAUUGGAACGAAAGCACGCGCAAUUGUCCGACCCGCUGGUGAGUUGGAGAGAGCGAAAAACGAGGGGCACCGGCGGCGUCGUGACAAUUGUCAAAAGAUGUUUACGUUUUCAUUGCAUUAUUCAUACAAUAUUUUUUACAUUUUGUGUCUCCUCUUGAAUGAGUAGUUUACCUGUCACGAUGAUAUGAUCAUGUUUUGUGUUCAGAUGUGGCUGCGACUCACCUUUUAUUUUUAUUCAUUUAUCAGUUUUGUUUUUGGUUGUUGUUUGUUUUUGUUUUGGGUUUUUUUUUUGUUUUGUUUUUUGCUUCUUGUUUUUUUUAUUGUUCUGAAAUAAAACAUGCACAGUUCACGAACAUACAAUCAGUUCUCUUGAGAUUUGACAAAGACUGUGACAGAGAGUUUCAUCACGUGACCAGAUACAAUGGUGACGGAAUCGCUGUGCUACAGUGGAGAGGUACUUCUCUAAGUGUACACGUGUUUUAAGUUUAUCGCCUGCAUAUCAACCCUCCCCCUCCUUGCCCCGCACUCGCACCCGGAAUGGUCCGGCUCCACACUCACUGAGCAUGCGCACAACGUGGCGGGGGAGGGAGGAACAAGUAGAUCAUGUUUACGCGUCGCCUUGGAGAUGUGCAACAACGCGUCACCGAUCGAGAUAAGGACAAGUCCUCGUGCCGGCAGUGUUAGCUUGUCAUGUGGUGGCUGGAAAACGUGCGAGUGGUAAACAGCUUUAAUGGGGGGUUUUAGGGGGUAGAAAGAAGAUACAGUGAUCGUACACAGACUGGCUUAACAUGAUGGUCAAACCAUUUUUUUUUUCUAACUUUCGUGUAGUAGAUAUAGAAAAGUCAACAGACCGACAUGCAUGCUGUGAGAAUAGGUAACCUCGAUCACACCUAGCCGUGCAAGGUUUCUGCCUUCUCUAGAGGUCUCUUACAUAUCCACUGGGUGAUAUUGAUAGCCAGGAUCGUCUGUCUGCGUGGUACUACAGUUUUAAGACGGCUCCAACCUCCUGUAAAUGGACCAGCUGAUAUCCAGGGCGAAUUUCAUCCACACUGACAACAACGAUGUCCACCACAAGUUCCAGGACGAGCUCGAGGCGUGGAUGAGAGAAAAUUGCAAGAAGAUGACGUUGUCUGACGCUUUGGCAGCGCUGAAAGCACUCGAGAGAAAAUCUGCCACCCGGAUUUCCCGACAGAGAACACAUCGGGAUAUUACAUGGGGAACUCCACCCUGAGGUUCCUGAAAGAAGCAAUCGGCAGAGGUCUGAUAGAGUCUGGCAAAGCCAAGCCCGAGGACUUCCACGUUCCUUUCCUAGAAUUUGUGCUGCAGAUGAUUGACGUAGGACCCACGUCCAGCCACGUGGAGUACAUCUCCAACCUCAACGACUCGAGUGUCGAGUUCUACAAGUAUCUUAGCAGCCUGCGUGGUGAGGGCCUGAGAAGAGUGAUCAGAGCAUUGAUGAAGCAGUACAAACAGGAUCCUGGCUCAGUUUGGGGCAGGUACGAACAUAAUCUCGAGCGCUUCAUACGGAUAUUCACCGACAGAGUCUUCUGCGAUGAGCAGCGCGAGGAGGGUCAUCGCGACUUCAUCGACUUGUACAUGUACUUCAUCACCGCCUUCAACACCAGAGAGGAGAACAUCAGGAAGAAGAUGCAAAGCUGCGCUCAUUGCAUCGAACAUAAGUACGACAGAAAUAACAACAUCUUUAAGGGUAUCAGAGAUGUCGGACUACUAAAGCGCCACCUUGCGGCUAUGAGGGAGGUCAUGCUUGCCCCAGAAUACCCGCAAGCCCCAGAUGUAGGAGAGAAGUCCAAAGACAUGGUGUGCCGCCUCCUGCAGACCGUAAGUGACGAGUUGUUGAUCGGCGAAAUGUAUGAGGAGAUUAUGGACUUCGCACUUCAGCUCACGAUAAAGAAAAGCGGCUCCAAAGCUGCCAAAGAUGUUUUUGAGAGAAUUGGAUAUUUCUUUUAUCAUCUCAAGAAAGAGUGCAUUGAGAAUAACAACAGGCUGUUCGAGGGACUUGUGGUCAAGCUGACACAACUGGUGAGCAACAUUGGGGAUGAAACCUUCCUGGACAUCUUCUUUGCCGGCCCCAUCGUUGCCCACGUCCUGUGCGCAGCCAUGGGCACGUCACGUGACCAUGCCGUUCUAUGGAUAGAGAUGAUCAAGGCACUUCUGAAGCAUCCAAGAGAAAACUGCCUGAACGCAGCCUGGGAUGCCAUACGCAAUACAGAAAAGGUCCUCAAGUGGAAGGAACAUCCGGGACAGGUGAAGGAAAUCUUUGCCAUUUUGAUCAAGGUAACAGACUUGAUGCAGGAUGAGGACAAGAAAAAGGCGUUCAGUCACCUCAAAUACUUCACAGAUCGCUUUCUAACUGGAGUCAACAAGGCAAAGCUUCAGAAAGAUAUCAAAGAAGACAUGGUCUUCUUGAUCUUCCACUGCAUCGAACUGCACAAUGAGACGUUGUACGAACUAGCUUAUGAAGUAGUAUCCAAACUGGAGCUCAGUGGAAAGACGGACAAGGACCUGAUUAUGAAGAUAAUCCAUUUCCUUGACAGAGUCUUGGCAGAUGAGAGUUACGGUUGGAUUAAAGAAAGUACACCAUACACAUUGCCCAACACAGCCCAGAGAUUGAUACAGGGUAUCAGCACCGUCAAGGACGGGAAGACGUUUACGUUGGAGGAGCUGGAGGACAUGGUCAGCUUGUGUCUGCGGUGCCAGCAGGGAGCAUUCGUGCGUGACGACGACAGCCUGACAGCAUACUUCUUCAUCUACCUCGCCAUCGCUGGUCAGCUGUACCAGUGGCUGGACUCUAUGAACGAAAUACACCGCGUCAAGCGGCUGCUACCCGGGGUGAUUGACAUGCUGGAGUCGGACAAUGACACGGUCAGAAAUACAGGAUCAUUCCAGGUCCAGACGAUCACUCGCUCGGGCUCUGUCGGUGAACAAUACAUGGUCCGAUUGAUCCAAAUUUACCUGGAGACAGAGUUGGACGGCAUUCUUUGGGCCAUCAGUUAUAUCUACGAAAAAAAUCCUGGCGCGCUGGCGCCGUACUUCCAGGACUUGUUCCAGCACAUAGACAGUGGCAAUGUCUCUGCCAAGUCCUCCAUAAGGAUGCUGCUUCAGAAGGUGGCCAAAUAUCAGCCAGAUUUGUUCACACAGGAAAACAUGGAGACCAUGAUGAAAGAGGCUCGUGAAGACAGCACGCAGCAGGUCCUCAUCCUGAUGGCUAUGGAGGAGAUAACCAAGCGAAGGCCGGAGAAAUUAACUCCCUUCAUCGAGCAGCUGACGACGCCAGACCUCUGGAACUCCAACUGUGCCUACACCAUCAGCAGCAUGCUACAACAUUACGCCGUGAAACACGAGGGGGAAGGUUCUUCAAAGGUCAUGGACUACAUGAUAAAAGUGGUUCAAACCUCAUCGGACAAAGUUGCAGUUGGGACAGCAUUGAACUCCAUACGACUGAUCGGCUUCAAACACCGACCUCUCUUGGAGAAGUACCGUGGUGUGAUUGAGAAGUUUCGCGACACCACGAAAGACAACGACCACCACAGCGGCUGCAGCUUAAUCAUCGACCUGCUGGAUGGGAAAAGUCUCGAUAAAGUCGCAGCAGAAGUAAAGGCCCUUCAGGAGGAUGUAGUAGACCUGGAGGUUCGCGUCAUCACCGUAGAAACCGACGUUGUAGAGGUCAAGGGUUCUGUACGUCGUCAAGAAAAAGACCUUGAUAAAGUCAAGGACGAGGUUGCGGAGCAUGGUCAGCGCCUGGACCAGGUGGAGGACACUGUGGAGGAGACUGUUGCCAAAGUGGAGGAGAUCGAUGGAAAGACAUUGAGUCAUGCACCAUUCUGGUCACGUGACGUCUCCAAGCUGUUGAACCCUGACACCAAACAUGACUGGCGCCUGCUCGGCCGUCGUCUGGGCUACAACAACGACGACAUGAGGGGGUGGGCGCAGCAGGCGGACCCCUGUAUGGCGAUGCUCAACGAGUGGUACGCCACGCACAAAACAAGGGACGCAACCUUCGCCGUGCUUACCGCCCUUCAAGAUAUGAGUCGGGAGGAUGCUGCUGCUAUUGUGGAGAAUGCCAUGAAGAAUGCAGAGGCUGUGGUGGAGGACGAGGAGUUCGAGUACGCCACUCCGCCUGACGUCUUCAUCAGCUACCAGUGGGGUCACCAGAACGAGGUGCGGUUGCUAAGGCAACAUCUAGAAAUGGCUGGCUACAGCUGCUGGAUGGAUGUAGGGCAGAUGGGAGGCGGAGACAAACUCUUUGAGAAGAUAGACUCUGGAAUUAGGGGAGCGAAGGUGGUCAUCUGCUGCGUCAACGAAAAAUAUUCAAAGUCUCCUAACUGCAAUAGAGAGGUGAACCUGACAGUCAGCCUCGGCAAGCCCAUCAUCCCUCUCUUGAUGGAGCAAACAACAUGGCCGCCCCCAGGCUCCAUGGGCCCCAUCUUCAGCGAGUAUCUCUUCAUUCGUUUUUUUCAAAGAUCAGGCGAGGAGACAACGGACUCCAGAUACUGGCCUCUGUCCAAAUUUCAAGAACUUCUCAUGCAACUCUCUAUGAAUGCAGUGAUGCCAGACGAAGCUGCUGUUCAGCCAGAAUAUAAAAACUGGUGGGUCCCCAAAACGGAAGAUAUAAAGGUGGACAAAAACAGAAAGAAUGGUAAUUCUAAGACAUCUGCCAUCGUUACUAAUCAAAGUUUCGACAAGGUAACAGUUUCGCCCGAUGUAUUCAUCUCCUACCAGUGGGGGAGACAACCUCAAGUGGUGCGUCUGUACAAGGCUCUGACGUCACAGGGCUUCACGUGCUGGCUGGACAUCAUGCAGAUGGGCGGAGGAGACUCGCUGUUUGACAAGAUUGACAAGGGGGUGCGCGGGUGUCGUGUGGUCGUCUCGUGCGUCACCCCGAAAUAUGCUUUGUCAGCAAACUGUCGCCGAGAGGUGAGCCUGGCAGACGCUUUGAAGAAGCCGCUGGUGCCACUGUUGCUGGAGACAACAUCCUGGCCACCCCCUGGCCCAAUGGGUCCAGUCCUCACGCAGCUUCUUUAUAUCGACUACACCGACCCCACCCUGCAGGAGAAGUGGACUGGACCAAAGUUCCAGGAGCUGGUAGCCAAGAUCAGGGAAAAUGUUCCCACACAUGACUCCAGCGCAAACUCACUUUCUCAAGGACAACUCCACACCAAGAGUGACGCCCCGCAGCCAGCAGACGAGUCGAGGGGAAAGCCAGCGUCCCUGCCAACAGCAAACCCUGAGGUUCAUGACCCUCCGCACCAGCAGCUCCAGGGUUGCGACCCUCAACCAGUGGAGAGAUCUCUGCAGGACAGGCCACCGCCUCCACAUUCUCCAGACGCUAAGGAAGCGCCACAAGUGGCCAGCAGUUCUUGUUGUCUAAUCCAGUAAAAUAUAAUUAGGUAUAGUUUUUUUAAGAUUUCAGUUCUUUUUAGCGAUCUCCUCUUAGGGAAACUAUUUAUUUCCAUGUGUCAGUGCUGUGAUAUUGCUCGCUGUGGACAAGGCGAAGCUACAGUAUUCUACAAUCAUCAACAUUCUGAGCUUUUAUUUAUAUGUCAUCUCCGGCAGUGAAGCCUUCAGUUCGCAUGUACCACUGAAGGAUCACAUGAUAACAUGAAACCUUUUUCAAAGACCAUGCUUAUAACUGGACCUGAUGACGUCACGUGAAAACGACCCUUUGUCAUCGGCGCCAUUGUCUUGGACCGGCAGCGAGAAAGUACCGGAUGUACAUCUCUCGACUGCCUGAAACAAAUCUUCUGCAUUAACUUCUAGAACGAGACCAAAGUACGAAUUAGUUAACCGGUUUAACUAUCAACAUCAAGAAGAAAAGCAGACGAUCCGAGCUCUUGUGUUGAUGAUAAAUACGCUCAAAUUGUACAGUGUGUUGUAUUUUCAGUUUAUUUGUUUUAAGUCGAGAAAAUUGUACGUCGAGGACUUUUGCAAAAAAGAAAAAUAAUAAAUAAAUAAAGAGAGAAAAAAAUGUAACUAAGCAACACAUUUUUCCAAGUCUACUUGUUGAGAAUUUUAUCGCGGUUUCAGUAUUAGCAUGCUAAAUGGUUCACCGAAAGCUGACAGCCUGUCGCAUAACGCCCUCACAGGCACACUCGCAGACUCUCGAGCAACGAAGCCAAUCACCCCUGAGUGAACAGAUAAACACGCACAUGUAGGGACAAUACAAAACAUAUAAGUUUAUUAGCAGUCAAAAGGUGCGACCCAUCAACUCAAACGGAAAACAAAAAAGAAAGGGAAAAAAGCUAAUAAAUCGGAUAAUAAGAACAAAACAAAAAAAAACAAACAAAAUAAACCCUAAAGAGCAGUUUUAUGGGUUCCCUGAAUAAGAGCCAAUUCCAGCAGCUUGAUAACCCCUAUAGACAUCAGGAAUGGCUAUAUAUUGUAGGUUACCUGUUGUAAUAAAACUAUACUUUAAAAGGCUGUAAAAUCCUCCGUCGGCUCCUCCACCAGUUACGGUCCGAUGUGACGAUGACCCUGAGAUAUGUCCGUUAGGGGUUAACACAAAGAUAUCGCGUGUGUUCGUCACCAAUACAUCGGUAGGUCAUAGAGGUCAGCGAAGUUUAAUCGAGCCUAACUACACAUGACAGGGAAACAUCGCAGGGUCACGUGACACACGCACGCGACCCACUGCCUGCCACGUCCUUAAUAGGGAAAGCUUCAGCAUCUCGUUAUAUGUCCGCAUUAUUGAAGGAGAUCGCCUUUCGAUAGCGAUGUAUGUGUGAUUCUGUCUGAAUUGACACCCACAUUAGCAUUUAUGAAUAACACAUUAUAAGUAGCUUUACAAAUAUUAGAUAAAUCGAUGGUACUCGAUGACCCUCUU